AGUUCGAAAUUGUAAUUAUACAGUGUCCUUGUCUUUGAAAUAUUCCUUUCUGGAACAACUUUUUCUGAUUUGGUAAAAUGUCAAAGAUAUCAAAUUCAGUCAACUCUAAACCGGUAAUAUUUUGUAUAGUCGUGAAAUUUUAACAUUAUUCUAUAUAUUAUUGCGAUAUUUUCAAUUUGUUCUCAAAGUUAACGAUAAUGCAUGCUUUUCAAGUUGUAUUUCAUUCGACCUAGUAGUUGUUGUUGAUCAACAAUUGCACGGGAAUUACAUAAGCCUUACUUCAAUGCUACAUCUAGAAUGAUUGGCACCUGUUAAUUUUGUUUUUCAAUGACAAUGCAAACUUUAACAAAACCAUUUCAUUUAUACACUUCAGCCCAGUGGAAUAGACUUUAGAGACGAACUGAGGUCCUGGUUAAAUAAAAGAAUGAGAAUAACCCUGACCGACGGAAGAAUUUUAAUUGGAGUUUUUCUAUGUACGGACCGUGACCAGAAUAUUAUUAUAGGUUCCUGUGCAGAGUAUUUAAAUGAAGAGGAGGAAAGAUUAAAGAGCACUAAAGAUGAUCAAAGAUUAUUAGGAUUGGCUAUGGUUGGAGCUAAGCAUAUGGUUUCAAUACAAAUUGACUCCUCUUAGAUAGUGUGAUAAUUGAAAUAUACAAUUUUUUAAAGUUUGCCAUUUUUCAUUCAAUGUGGGAAUAUAUUUAUACAGUUUAUUAAUUUAAAACUUAUUCAAAAAAUAAAUCAGUAUUUUUAAAUGUUUUAUACAAUUUUGUGUAAAAAGUAGCUUGUAAACUCGGGCACCAAAAUCAAUACUAUGGGAAUAAUUGUUAAAUACUGCACAUUAUAAAUAUCGCACUAUUUAUAUCUUUUGUAACCAGGAAAAACUAUUGACAGAAACUGUAAUAACAAAAGGUGGAAAAUAGUUUACUUGUAACAUUGAUCCAAUGGAUUUUGAUUUAAAAUCCACUAAGCUAUUUUUAAUAUUUUUUCUUGUCCUUCAAUAUUUGUCUUGAACUAAUAUCAUUUAUCUCUCUAUUUUUGACCUAAUUCUUUAAUUACAUAAGAAAGAAAACAAGCGAAAAAAGGCUAAAUAUUAUUGACUUGUUUGUUUUUUCUCUUUACGCUACUAUCAAUCUAAUUUCACUUUUAG